CCUCCAAAAGAUAACACAGCUUUUGCAGUUAAAGAUGAUGAAACUUUCUCAGUAUUUGCUAAGGUAAGUUAUAAUUCUGUACUUUUUCUUAUAUUUUCAUGGAAUGUGUUUUUUUAAAUUUCAUUGGAAACUGACAAAUAAGGUAACUUGCAGCAAAAAAAAAAUACGUUUCAGCUGUAAAAAUAGUUCUUUUGAUGUGUUAUGAUUUGUGACUUCUUAAAAGAUUUUCAUAUCACAAUUCGUAAUAGGAUUAUGUUUAUUAAAUUUCUAAGUGGGCAAAAUGUUAUAUAAAAAUAAGAAAAUUUUUAUUAGCAUCAUUAAUAGCAAUUUCCAGGCUUUAUUUAAUAAAUACACAAUCAAAAUUGAUAACUUUCAACCAUAAACAUUUCAGGGACGUGACUAUGAGCCUGUUUAUGUUACACAUGAAUGCACAGAGCAAGAAAAAGAUACUCUCAACACUUAUGAAAGCUGUGACUACUUGCCAAAUCACAGCCAUAUAUUUAAAACUGGAUUAAGAGGCAGAAUAUCUCUGAGUAAGUAAUAUUUGAAUUUUGUGCAUUUUGUUUCCUUGUAAGAGCUAAUUUUUAAAAAAUAUAAUGCUUUCAAAAUACAGAACAAAACAUACACUAUGAAAAAAUGUUACAAUUUUAUUUGACACAAUUUAAUAGGAGACAUUUUGUUACUUAGUUCUUAAGAUAAAAUUUAGGAGUAUUUUUAAUAGGUAAGGGUUUUAUAAGUUAAAUUUUUUUUUUAAAAGUAGAUGCAUAUAAUUCACUCACCUGUACAGUGGAGAUUGUUGUCUCAUUUUAUUGUAACCCGUUCUCUAGAUAAGCCCUCUGAGAAGGUCCUUAAUAUGUAUUGCAUCAUUUUCUUCUUAUUGUGAUAAUGCUUUCUACAAUGUAUUGAUUGAGUACUAUGUUAAAUUAAUUUUUAAACUGUGAUUUAGUCUUGAAACACAUCGAUGGGUUAUGAUUGGCCUGAUUGGAUUUGUCAUUGGAGUUGUCUCAUUUUUUCUCCAUCAACUUAUUGAAAGAAUUGAUCAUCUUAAGUGGAGGAUCACUAAAGAUUUGCUCAAAGUAAAUUCCAGAGCUGAAAUAAAUAAUAAAUCAAUUCUUGUGUAAUGUUACAUAUAUAAAAUUACUUUUGUUUUUGCUUUGAAUUUAAAUUGAAGUGCCUGCCAUUCUUUUCAGUUACAUAAUGACACACGUUUUUUUUGUCGCUAAACAAACUCUUUAUAUCAACCGUUUAUUUGAAAUUUAUCUGUACCAUUUGUUUCGUUACAAAUUAUUCUUUAUUAUUUUCUGAUUUUAUGGAAACUUAUAUUUUUACUUUAUUCCAUCUUUUAGUGUCACCAUUAUUUACUAGAAUCCCUCACAAACCACAUUUCUUUAUUGAGCUUCUUUUUUAAAAGAAAACUUUAUAAAUUAAUUACACUCAAGCCUAUGUUUAUAUAUACAGUAAUCAAAAGUUAAUAGAAAUGACAUUCCUCUCAUUAAUGUGAACAUUUCAUUGCCUUUUACAGGAUGAAAGAAUCUGGGAAGAAUGGUUGUUUUGUGCAGGAUACAGUAUGCUGUUUGCAGCAACUUUUGUUGUGGUUAGUUUUGUAUUUUGAAUUUGAUGAACUUUUUCCUAUUCUGUUGACAGUAAUAAACAAAAACAGUGAUUGCUAUAGGAAUUUUACCUAAUAACAGACACUAAUGGUUCUGAUUCAGUUACAUAAUGACACAUAUGUUUUUACUAGCAGAUAUAAAAUUAUUAAGAUUAAUAUCUACUUUUAAUGUUCUAAUAGAGUACGUUUUCUGAUAGCCUAAUUUGUCUGCUUUUCGUAUCAAAAUUAAUGGCUGACAUUUCAGAAAAGACUAAAAAUGUGAAUUAAAAACUCCCAAAAAGUAUGAUAAAUUAUUUUCUUAGCUUAAAAUUAUUUAUAUAAGGAACUAUUAACACUUUGUUAUUAUUUGAAGGAAUACUUGUCACUGUUUGGCACAAACCAAUCUUGACUCUAAAAUGCUUAAAAUUAUUUUAAUACCUUAACUGGAAAUAAAAUUAGAUCUAUCAUUAUUUUGCCAAUUUUUUCCUGUUAUUUCUCAUUCUCUAUUUCAGUCUAAAAAUCAGAAAACGUACUCGUAUUAGAACAUUAAAAAGUAGAUAUUAAUCUUAAUAAUUUUAUAUCUGCUAGUAACAACAGUGUAUGAAUUGCAUGAAAUAUUAACCCUGUUUAAAAUGUUGAAAAGAGUAAACUUCUUUUUGAACAGUUUUGGCGUCCUAGUGCUGGAGGAUCAGGAAUGCCAGAGGUUACAGGCUAUUUAAAUGGAACCCAGAUAAGAAGAAUUUUCAGCAUCAGGACCCUAAUUGCCAAAUUUCUCUCCUGUGUUGCAGCAAUUGGCUGCGGUAUGCCUAUAAUUGGAUCCACAUGGGGUAAGGCUGAAAAAAAAUUUCAAUUCAAUCAUUUAUCCUAACGUUUUUGUACAAUUAUUUUGAUUUUACUUAUUUGUUACUGAUAAUUAACUUAUCUUAUGCUUUUUUAACGACAGUUUCAGUUUGUAAGGAAAUGUUUUAGUCACAGAAAUUUUGAGCAAGAAUGUCUUUUUAACAUUAAUUUGAAAUGAAUUACUUCCCCUUUCCUUUUAUCAUUGUAAAAUUUUUACAAUUUUUUAUACACUAACGAUUUUUAAAUUAUAUUUUUAUUAACUUUGAUUAUUUAGAUAUUUUACUGAGCUGUGUGAAACAGGAUAUUACAAAGGAAAUCAUGCAUGUUAAGUUUUCCAAAGUGCAAGCAUUGGUUCUGGAUUAAGCCAGCUGUCAGGAUAUUUAAAGCGAAUCAAUCUGCCAUUUUUUGAAAGGUUUAAAAACCCAGGAGACAAGUGAGAUAUUUGUUGAUGUGACUGUCGCCCGAAGCAAAUUCAGAUUUUAAAUAAGACAAGGGAAUACAAAUUUAAUAUAUUGGGGAAUUAAAUAAUAUUUGGCUGUGCUUACAGAGCCAGUGUCCAUCAAAUUGUGC